GAUUUUCAACCCUCUACUUCCAUCAUGCCCCCCAGCGAGUACUCUCUCAGAUUGCAGAAAGGUAUCAUCGGUGGUUUCGCACCCCCAACUCCCGAUCACAUCUUCACCGUUACCCGUCCAAAGGACCAGAAUUCACUCAAUAUCACAUCCGCUGUCCGACCAGAUGGUUCACCAGGCCUCCAGUCUGCAGUACCCAAGAGCCUAAAGCACGACGAUCACGUUGCCCUUCUCGAUGAACUACAUGGAAUUCUUAAGGAGAUUCCUACAGAGACCCCACCUGGGAGUCAGGAUAUCUACGGAAUGAACACGAGUAUUGCAUGGGGAAGUGACGAUUUGCAGUGGUGUAAUGGUGGACCAGCGGGAUGUAGUCAUGGGACUAGUCAAGUUCAGCCGACUGAGGAACAUAAGAAGAAAUUUGAGAGGGCGGUCGAGAUAGUUAAUCAUUUGGUGAAGGAGGCGAAGUAGCCCCCGAAGAUCAGAAGUGUAUCUGCGCUGUAAUUCUAAUUUCGGGAAAGCCGAUCAUGUUCAUGAUGAAACAGACGUCAGACAUUGCAC